GAACACAACAGAACCCAGCUGCAGCUUCGCAAAAUCUUUAGUGUUUUAACAACUGAUGUGCCCAACAACACCACCACCCCUGUCGGAGCCACGUCUGCUGCAAGCGCCGAGGAGAAGAUGCGCCUACAUAUGAAUCUCCUGCAGAUUCUUGCUGUGCUCCUCCUGCCACAAGCUUGGGGUCAAAGCAGCAGCAGCAGGCCUGCUGUGGUGGAGGCCAAGAACAUCACCCUCCCUGCAGGCUCCAAGGCCGUCCUGCCCUGCCACAGCCCCCGCAUGGUGUGGACCCAGGACCGGCUGAAGGACCGUCAGAGGGUGGUCCACUGGGACGUCGUCCACAGCAGCCCGGAAUAUUCGGUGGAGCGGGUUUUGGACAUGUCGCCUGGAGCUCGGCAGAGGGUUUACAACGGCUUCAAUAAGGGGCGCGUCUCCAUCCCGGACUCGGCUUUCACCGACGGAAACUUCUCGCUCGUCAUCAACAAUGUUGUAAACACAGACAGAGGAAUUUAUACUUGCAACUUGCACCACCACUACUGUCAGAUUCACGAGUCCAUUCAGAUCCAGCUCAACGUCACCAAGUCAGCUCGGAAAGAGAAGCGCUACUGGGACGGAGAGAAAACGGUGCUGGUGGUGCUGCUGGGCAGCUCCAUCGUGCUGCCCUGCGUUAACCGCCGGGCCCUCUGGAGAGACGGCCUCCAGGAGGACCAGCAGCAGGUGGCGCACUGGGACUUCCAGCCCCCCGGGGUGCGUCCCAACAAGGCUGACCGACUGGUGGACCUCUACGCCUCCGGAGAGCGACGGGAUUACGGGCCUUUGUUUGCCCAGAGCAAGAUGAGCGUGGCAGAGGACGCGUUCACGUACGGCGACUUCUCUCUGUCCAUCUCUGACCUGGCGCCUGAGGACAAAGGCCUGUACUCCUGCCACCUGCACCACCACUACUGCGGUCUGCACGAGAGGCGCAUCUUCAGGCUGACCGUGGGACCUUCACUACCACGCGAACCCACAACGCCUCCGAGAAUCUUCUUGAACGAUGAGCUGGAACCAAAGACGGAGGAGGUUUCAGAGGACAGCCCCCGCGUGGUGAACGUCUUCCUCCCUGAACAACGGGGUUAUUUCGUGCAGCACCUGGGCUACUUCCUGGCAACCUUCCUGCUGCUGGCUUUCAUUGUCAUCGCUGUCAUCGUGUUGACUAGGCGACGGAAAAAGAGAGGGUUGGAGUACGAAAUGGGUAGAUCUGUUGGGGGGACUAUGAUCAGUGAAGGUGAGAUAGCAUUAGACUGCACAGAGAUGAGGACUUACAACCAAGACUCCUUGAAUUCAGAAUUCAAAAACAACCUACUGAAAGAAAGAGAUAUGGUGAAAGAGUGCAAUAAGGAAUUCGAUGGGAAGAUGUGGAAGUGAGCGAGGCAUUUCUAAGAUGCUGCUGGCAGGUCCAGGGCAAACACCGGCGGCGCAAAGAACGACGGAGAGGAAAAAGGAAAAAAAAAAACAAACAAAAUAAUGACACAGGAAAUCCAGGAGAAAACACAGGAGGAUUACUCCCUCUGCUGUAACAAGAGCAAACAAAGCUUUUCCACUUUUAAAGGCUUUACUCUUUACUUUUUACCCCUUUUUUAUCAUAUAUGUACAGCUUGCAAUUUGAUCAAUGAAACUAUAUGGUUAGUUAGAUUUUGUCCACAUUUUUUCUUCAGUUAUUGUUGUUUAAAGCAUUCAGCUUGUUGCGAUACGUGCUAUGCAUGCUCUCACAUCACUUUUUUAUUUUCUAAUUUUUUUACUUUCAAUCUUUUGCAGAAAUUCAGUUGUACUGUAAUAUGUAAACUAUACAAUACAAAACAAUUCAGUCUUAUUUAUAAAGCACUUUAAAGUAACACUCUUAGCAAAAGUGCUAAAAUAAAACAGACAUAAAAACAAAUCAACAAUUAAAACAUUAAAGCUAACACCUCAAGCUGAGUCAAAAGCCAAAAAGCUAUUAUAAAAAUAAACUAUAAGGUCAGUUUAUGAUUGAGACAUGUGAAAGUGAUUAACCGUAAUACGGGCAGUGUGGUUCUCAGCCCAGGGUGGUAGCUAGUUGGGAGUUUUAAAAGCUUAUCUGCUUGUCCUGUCCACUGGGGAGUGAGCGCCCCCCGGUGUUAGGAAGGUAAAAAAUGUUCAACUCCAGAAGUUUAAGUCAACCACGUCACAUAUUUCUUCCAAAUGCAGCAGUUCACUUUCCUUAAUGUGCUAAUCUAGUUUCACAUCUAACCUUUUUGGUUGUUAUAAUUCACAAAUAUGUGCAGCAUCAGGGUGAAUUAGCUCAGUUCUGACUCUGACAUGGCAACGUUUUGAGACUGAGGUGCAGAUUAUGGCCUGUGAUCUCAUUUUGUGGAGGGUGAAAAAUAUUAGCUGCUAAAACUUGGAGGUUAUUGGGUGGGUUAUAGUGUCAAACUCAAGGCCCGGGGGCCAAAUCUGGCCCGCUGUAGCUUUUUAUGUGGCCCUCCUGACUCCAAAUUACGUCAAGUCCCAUCAUUUCUUUUUUUUACAAAUCAGAAAUAUUCACUCAAAAUCAACAGAUCUCCACAUUUUUACUGCAUAUUUUCUUCAAAAAUGGCCAAAAACAUUGGGUUUAAGUCACUGCUACCUCAGUCGAUGUCAAGUUACAGUCCAUGACGGAUGAGGUGAGUAACAAAAAGUCGUAUCGUCAUACAUUAGCGCAAAUA